ACAGCACAGUUACCCAAUGGACGUGCCUACAACAGAGUAGGACUCGCCCCAACUGCGGGGUAGCCGGCGGCGGGGAUCAUUGCAGAACUCAGUCUCCACCCGGACUCCGCCAUGUUGAGUCUUGUGGGUCGUGUGGCGGCCUCCUCAGCCUCUGGGGCCUUGCGGGGACUCAGCCCUUCAGCGUCGAUACCCCAAGCUCAGCUGUUAUUGCGGGCAGCGCCGGCAGUGGUCCAACCUGCCCGAGACUAUGCCGCGCAAGCAUCUCCUUCGCCGAAGGCAGGCGCCACCACUGGGCGCAUCGUGGCAGUCAUUGGUGCAGUGGUGGACGUCCAGUUUGAUGAGGGGCUACCACCCAUCCUAAAUGCUCUGGAAGUGCAAGGCAGAGAGACGAGGCUGGUUUUGGAGGUGGCCCAGCAUUUGGGGGAGAGCACAGUAAGGACCAUUGCUAUGGACGGUACAGAAGGCUUGGUUAGAGGCCAGAAAGUCCUCGAUUCGGGUGCACCAAUCAAAAUUCCUGUUGGUCCUGAGACUUUGGGCAGAAUCAUGAAUGUCAUCGGGGAACCUAUUGAUGAGAGAGGUCCCAUCAAAACCAAACAGUAAGUCCCUCUUUUUACAUCUGCACAG